GCGGCGCGAGUUGCCCCGCGGCCGCUUUACAUCAGAGAGGACCGUAGCAUGCCGAUAGCCGCUCGAGCUGCCGGAUAACCAACUCGCGGCACGUCGCUACAUUAAGCAUCAAGCCGCAGAAAGUAAAAGUGCGCCCGGGCUCUCACUUCGCACUGUGCCAUGCCAGGGGGGGAUAGACACGCUACACCGGAGAAGCCCACAGCCGAGGAGACGUUACGGGAAACCUGCGCGCGGCUCUCGCUCGCGCUUUCAAACGGCUCGCGUGCCUCGCCACUCGCGGUACGCCUGUAUUGACGAUCUUGCAAGAUAAGUGUGUCCGUGACUGCCUGCGAUGCUGGUUUAUGGCGAAGCUUCGAAGGGUGGAUUGACGGUUUGAGGAUCGGUUGGAUUUUCCAUCUGUUUACACGGAGAGUGACGCGUUGCAACGAACGAGAUGGACUCGUUGACUUACUUCGGCGACGAAAACUUCUACAUCACCGGCAACUUCAGCUGCGAUGAUCACUACCUGCCGCGAGUGAUUCAACUUUUUGAGGGCUUGGGAAAUUUCGGCGUGGGCAUGGUCACGAUCGCCUCGAUCAUCUGCGCGGCGACCGUUUAUCUCGCCGUCGAUGCCUGCAGCAACAUCUGUUAUCAGAAGGAGACGAGGGCUUUCAAGAUCAACGCCUGCACCAUCUUAUCCGUCUACCCGAUCGCCGCUCUCUGCAGCCUCACGGCUCUGGCGCUGCCGAGGGCACAGCUGCUGUCCGAGGGCCUGACGCAGGUCUCGCUGACGAUAUCCAUGUACCGUCUGUACGAGCUUCUAGUGGACUUGGGUCGACGCCAGGCCACCAAGACGCCGUCUCUCGCCCUAAAAGUCGGACCCUGCUGCUGCUGGCCCUGUCUGCCACUGCCCAGCAGUCUCGAGAUGAACGAGGCCAAUCUGUCCCGGCUGCGCAUCACCGUGCUACAGUUUCCCUUCGCGCAGGGACUCAUCUACAGCAUCCUCCUGUACAUGUCAGCUGAGUCGCCCGUUUUCGCUGCCAGCUACGCCGUCUGUCUUCAGCCGUUUGUGGUGAUUAGCAUACUCACCGCAAUCUACGGAGUGACUAUCGUUACCAAGAGUCUGCAGGAAAUUGCUCCAGAGGCCAAGCUGCCCCAGAAGACGAUGGUCCUGCAGAUGGUUUUACUGUUCUCCAAGCUUCAGGGAUUCGUUAUCAAGGGCCUCGUGGGCACCGGCCUCUUCCCCUGCAAUCCGCCGCUCACGCCGACUGUUUACGCAAACGUAACGUACGACACCCUGAUGGUAAUCGAGAUGCUGCUGCUCUGCUACGCGGCGCGUUUGAUUUACGCGGCGGAUGAUCGCGCGGAGCACCAGGACGACGAUGCAACCGCAACAGAUCGUCAUCAGCAGCAGUCCGUGCACAGGAAUAAGGCAACCAACGGCGAGGCUGUGACGAUGUCAGCCGUCCAAAUUCCCAUUCCACCCGCGCCCAAAACCAACGACUCCUGAAGAUCCUGAUCUCGAGCGAGUCGUUGACUUUGGAUUGUAAAUAUAUGUACAGGUGGAGACGCUCCUCCAGGAAACCUUAACCGCGGCGGCGCUUGUAUCACGCUAUGCAUCCUAUAAUGCAAACAUCUACAGUCCGAGGUGUUAAUCGAACUAGAAGUGAGUCGUGGAAAGUGCUCUCCAGGACGCUUGUGAUGUGGCUCACGUAUACGCGUCUUUUUGGAGGUCGCGUGUUUUCUCUGCGGCGAGAGAACGUGCGGUCCAUGUUGAGACGCGGUGGAAAUGGAGCAUCGCACAGCGUGCGCAAGGACUCUCGGAAGGAAAAGGAGAGAUGCGCCUGCGAGAUUACAACCGUCGAUUAGAGAUGAGUGCACCUGUUUCGAUCAAAAUCGCCAAGCUGCCAUGAGUACUUAUUAUGAUUUUACACUUCUGUAUACACGCGGACUGUGCGGGUGGAAAUAAAGUGAAUAGAGAUUUUUAUCCAUGAAUUAAUUAAUAGAGAAAAAAGUUCGUUAUCAUCUGUAAAUACGUGCACGUAUUCCUUGAUAUUAGUUGAGCUAUGGAGGUGUAAACAUUUCUUGUUAUCAUUUCGUAUUAUUUAUUUAUCAGAGCCUUCUUUAAAGUGAAUACAUGGCGAUGUUUUCUUAAAAAUGUUUCAUGUGUCUUGUUUAAAAUAUACUAUAAUCAAUACAAUAUACAUUUUCUGAAUGAAUAUUAAAAUGAUAAAAUGCAUUAAAUUAAAGGUGUUUACGUACGAAUCGAAUUAAUAUGGUAUGCAUUGUGAUUCUUGUUAGUAGAAUGUAAGAUUUUGCUUAAGAAUAUAAAUUAUCAAAUACAACUUUUCUGUCUAGCACUCAGUGAAA